UGGGAGAUAGCUUCGAGCUGGAAGCUGGAAACAGUCGGGGAUUUAGGGUUUCAACGGGGACUCAGAGUACUCGACUCUCCGAAGUCCGAUCCCUUCUUCUCCGGCUCGAAAAUUCUCCUCCUUUGCAUUUGAUCGACUCGUCUCAGCUCAAUUCUCUGCCGUUUUCACGUUACAGCUUCGUUUAGAACCUUUUUUUUAGUUAAAGGCGUUGGCCAAAAGACUUGGGAUUAAGUACUCUGGUUUGCGGGAGAGAUGAAUCACGGCCAACAUUCUGGCGAAGCAAAGCAUGAAGAUGAUGCUGCUCUUACUGAGUUCCUUGCGUCUCUCAUGGAUUAUACUCCUACUAUUCCUGAUGAUCUAGUGGAGCACUACUUGGCUAAGAGUGGGUUUCAGUGCCCCGACGUACGAUUAAUAAGGCUAGUUGCUGUGGCUACACAAAAGUUUGUUGCAGAUGUUGCCAGCGAUGCUCUUCAGCACUGCAAGGCUAGACCAGCACCAGUUGUGAAAGACAAAAAACAGCAGAAGGAUAAGCGUUUAGUAUUGACAAUGGAAGACCUUUCAAAAGCUUUGCGUGAGUAUGGUGUGAACGUGAAGCAUCCAGAAUAUUUUGCUGAUAGCCCUUCGACCGGAAUGGAUCCUGCGACAAGAGACGAAUAGCAACCAGGAAGUCUCGAUCGUCUUUCCCAGUAUGGAUGAUCGUGUGUGAGUUACUUGAUUUUCUAUUGUGUUUUAGUUGAAACAAAACUCUCUUCUCCUCUUCGUAGUCAUCGAUUACUUGUAUAUCAUUCCUCCUGUUGUUUGUUUCUUGACUUACGUCCUUGUGUUAUUGAGUUUCAUACGAUACUUUUAUCAACACAUUUUCUUAUAUU